CCAUCACAAACACACUGGCACAGACAGUUUCCUCCUUGCUGAUUCAUUCACUAUGGCCACAGACCACCAGAACCCUACAUCCAAGCAGCAGCAGCCAGGCUCCAGUGCAUUUAAGCUGGUCAUCUAUGAGCAGGAAAACUUCCAGGGACACUGCCAUGAGCUGACUGGUCCCUGCAACAACCUCCAGGAAGCAGGCGUGGAGAAAGUGGGCUCCAUACUGGUGCUGUGUGGACCAUGGGUGGGAUACGAGCAGGCCAGCUGUAAGGGGGAGCAGUAUGUGUUUGAGAAGGGGGAGUAUCCUCGCUGGGAUUCCUGGACCAACAGCAGGCGCAGCGACACCAUUGUCGCAUUCCGCCCAAUUAAAGUGGACAGCCAGGAGCACAAGAUUGUCCUUUACGAAAACCCCAGCUUUGCUGGAAAGAAGAUAGAGAUCAUAGACGAUGACGUCCCCAGCUUUCACGCCCACGGCUACCAGGAGAAGGUCUCGUCCGUGCGGGUUCAGAGCGGCACUUGGGUGGGCUAUCAGUACCCAGGCUACAGAGGCUAUCAGUACCUGUUUGAAAAGGGGGAGUAUAAGAACAGCGCCGAGUUCGGGGCCCAGUUCCCUCAGAUCCAGUCAGUUCGGCGCAUCAGAGACAUGCAGUGGCAUCAGAGGGGUGCUUUUCACCCUGUCAUCUAAGCUUGUGACUCUUUCCUGACAUCAGCCACCUCGCCCCUUCCAGCAGAACCCCUCUUGUCCUUCAUUCACACCAUUCAGCGUUUUGAUAUCUAUUGCAGCUGUUGCAGUAGUGAAAUUCUUUAAAGCAAACUAAUAAAUCCUUAUGCGCUUACAUUUGA